CAUCUCACUCCCCCUCCUCACUGUUUCAUCCAGUAAUUCUGUGUGGAGUUCAGCGAGAUGUUGGAGAUACCAUUGCAAAUGAGACGAGGUUCCUGACCCCCAACUCCCGGAGAUGAGCCAUGGAGGAGGAAAGGCUGCACAGCAUCUACCUUUCUGGAGCCAGGGGAGGCUGCAUGGAGAAGAGGACAACUGCCAUAGAUCUUGAAAGAAAGCCUUCAGAGGUUGAGAGUGAACCAGACACAGCAAACACCUGCCCUUUCAGGAGCUCCAACCGUGCUAAAGGAGGCAGUGCCAACGGCAGCACAACAGCAUCUCUUCCAACUGAAGACUUCACUCAAAGGCGGCAGCAGGCGGCGGGGCUUCUCGCUCCGGCAGCGGCGGCGACAGCGGUGGCGGCUUCCGGAGUCCCGCCGCGAAGAUGCUCAAAGUCACGGUGCCCUCGUGCUCUGCCUCGUCCUGCUCUUCGGUCACUGCCAGUGUGGCCCCAGGGGCCGGGAGCCUCAUCCCGGAUUACUGGAUCGAAGGUUCCAACAGGGAUGCUUUGAGCGAUUUCUUCGAGGUGGAGUCGGAGCUGGGACGGGGUGCUACAUCCAUUGUGUACAGAUGCAAACAGAAGGGGACCCAGAAGCCUUAUGCUCUCAAAGUGUUAAAGAAAACAGUGGACAAGAAAAUUGUAAGAACUGAGAUAGGAGUUCUUCUUCGCCUCUCACAUCCAAACAUUAUAAAACUUAAAGAGAUAUUUGAAAGCCCUACAGAAAUCAGUCUGGUCCUAGAACUGGUCACAGGAGGAGAACUGUUUGACAGGAUUGUGGAGAAGGGGUAUUAUAGUGAACGAGAUGCUGCAGACGCUGUUAAACAAAUCCUGGAGGCAGUUGCCUACCUACAUGAAAAUGGGAUUGUCCAUCGUGAUCUCAAACCAGAGAAUCUUCUCUAUGCAACUCCAGCCCCAGAUGCACCACUCAAAAUAGCUGAUUUUGGACUCUCUAAAAUUGUGGAACAUCAAGUACUCAUGAAGACAGUGUGUGGAACCCCAGGGUACUGCGCACCUGAAAUUCUUAGAGGCUGCGCCUAUGGACCUGAGGUGGACAUGUGGUCUGUAGGAAUAAUCACCUACAUCUUACUUUGUGGAUUUGAACCAUUCUAUGAUGAAAGAGGUGAUCAGUUCAUGUUCAGGAGAAUUCUGAAUUGUGAAUACUACUUUAUCUCCCCCUGGUGGGAUGAAGUAUCUCUAAAUGCCAAGGACCUGGUCAGAAAACUAAUUGUUCUGGAUCCUAAGAAACGCCUGACUACCUUCCAAGCUCUCCAGCACCCAUGGGUCACAGGUAAAGCUGCCAAUUUUGUACACAUGGAUACUGCUCAAAAGAAGCUACAAGAAUUCAAUGCCCGGCGCAAGCUCAAGGCAGCAGUGAAGGCCGUAGUGGCCUCUUCCCGGCUGGGGAGCGCCAGCAGCAGCCACAGCGGCAUCCAAGAGAGCCAGAAGGCUAGCCAAGCAUCAUCUCUGAUCCAGGAUGGCAGUGAAGAUGUUAAAGCUAUUUUGGAAGGAGAGGAAGUUCAAGGAGGUGGGGCCCAAGUGGCAGCUGAGGGGGCAGAGGCUGAGCUGAUGAAGGUACAGGCCAUAGGGGAAGUAAAAGAUGCUGAUAGAAAUGCUACCAACAUGGUGCCCAAGGCACUAGAGGAUAGGAUAAAGGUGGCUGACCUGGAAAUAGAGGAGGGCCUAGCAGAGGAGAAGCUGAAGACCGUGGAGGAAGCAGCAGCCCCCAAAGAGGGGCAAGAAAACCCAGCUCUGGGAUUUGGAGCUCAGCAAAAUGAUGUGAUCCUGCCAGAGUACUGAUCUGGUUUCUUCUCAAUCUAGAAGUCAAAUUCUGGCAUCUUACGCAUUUUGUCCUUCAGCAAGGAAGGUGUGGAAGCAUGAUAUGCACUAUAGUGAUUCUGUUUUUUGAGGUGCAAAAAAAAAUACAUAUCAGUUGGUAAUCCUAAAUUCAUGCAUGUGACUGCUUUAUGAAAAAAUAGUGUCUUCUAUGGUAUGCAACGGAUACCUAAUGCCGAGGAGUUAAAUUUGAAAUCACAAGUAAAUACAACAUAACAUUUAAAAACAUACAUGUUCAGGGACCAGUAGCACACAUUGAAGUAACUAGUAAAUUGUUAUUGCUUUGAAAACCUAGUCAUCAUAUAUCCUUUGGAUUUCUUCAUAAAGCAGUAAUUCCUUUCAGCUCUCGCUUCACUAAUAUUAGGUAGUGCUCUAAGAUGUGUCCCAUUGCAUUCACAUCAUACUUUUCAGAUGUGUUCAGACUAUCCAAUGUGUUCAAACUGUUUACAAGGAGAUGGUUACAGGCUACAGUUUCAUGAUACAUACAAAAAAAAUCCCACUUACAAUGGUAAGAGAUUGAAGCAUACUUAAGGGUCAUGAAACAGAAUGCACUUAGAGCUUAUGUAGAGAAUGCUUUCUUAUUUUGUCCUUAUUUAUACAUACUAUAUUAUGAAUAACCAAAAAUGUCCUAUCACAAAUUCCUGCCAUUUUACAAUCCUGGAGAAGGUAUUUUACAAACUCCUGCUGAGGAAUGUAUUCCUUCCUUCCCCUGCUAAUGGCAGUUUCUUUCUCAUGGAGAACACUUAAGGUGGGCUCUGGAAAUUGAGGGAAGAAGAGGAGCUAAGACCUGAACUUACACUCACAAAGGUUGACUGCUUGUCAUUUUGAUAAAAUUGGAUUUACUCAUGAGUUUGUACAACUUUAAAGACAGUGACGGUUUUAUGGAUAAACUCUACAAUUACCAAGUUUCAAAUAUUCAGAAAAAUCUACCCCACAGGCUGGUGUCCAAUGUCUGAAUAGAGUGAGAAUAAUAUUCCAUUAUAAGAUCAUUCAAUAUAGACUUAACUAGAUUAAGGAAACUUUUGUUUGUGAAAUUCCUUUUUUCCUUCAGUUGAUAGUUACCUUAUGAACUAUUGCUUAUGAACUAAAGAUAUUUCUGAAAAUCUGUUUUCUCUUUUUUUCAUACUUGGAAUAGUAUUGCCCAAAUUUUACCAUCUAAUUUUUAGUUUCCAUGCCAAGAAAUUUAGGACAGUGCAGCAUUUUAUUUACCUUAAAAAAAUGAAAAGAAAGCACUGAUUUCAAAUCAGACUUAUGAGAAACUGUAAUUUUAGACCUAAUAAUAGAAUUAUUAGACCUAAUAAUUCACCAUGAUUUUUUUCAAAGUAUUUUUCUUUGAUUUUCAUAUGAACACUUUUCCCCCAUAGAAAUCACACUUAAAUUCCAAGGACUUCUAUUUCUAGCUUGAGUUGAAGUGAACAUUUUUGUCGAUUUAUGCAUCACAAUUUUAAGUUUCCUCAGUUUUAAAAAAGGAAUAUUCUCAAAGACCAAAAUGAUGGACAGUAAAAAUGACUGUCACAGAAAAAUCCUUAUCAAAAAAAGAUCUUAUAUUAUUUUGGCUCUUCCUCAAAACUGUGAAAUUGGAAAACGAAAUUAAAUCUCCGGUUCCUGGGGGCUACUGGACCUUGGGAGACAUUCUGCUUUCCAAGUGCAAAACUUCCUUCUUGAAAGGAGAAAAGGUAGGACUUCUCAUCGUCCCUCGUUUAGGGGCCUGGCAGUUGACCAACAUGGACAAAGGAAAAAAGCCCUUAAGGGCACAUCAUCUGGGUUCAGAAGAACAUUUUUUGUUUGGAUUUAUUUUUAUUAGCUAGUAGAGAGUACUUAUCCUCUUCCGCAUUUCUCUCCUUCCCUCUUUAUCCUCUCUCGGAAUUUCCAUGUUAGUAAUUGUAAAGGGCUCACUAUUUUUAAUCUUUAAGAAUGCCUUUUUCACUAAGCAUUAACAUUUCCAUGUAAGAUCAGUUGCCUGGUGUACCUUUCCUAAUGAGACUUAACAGGCAUACAGGGUAAGUGUCCCAUAUAUUGGCAAAGGAAAGAAGAGAGGGAAAUGGAUCUUCUUAGAAGUGGUAAUUAGUUGGAAGAUCAGUACAUACUGCCCCUCCCGGCCCACUGUUCCAAGGGAGGGCAGUUGUUCUGUCGUUCCAUCGCUCAGGCCUGACUGUGCCUCUGGGCCUCAUGUAGCAGGAGCCAUGAAGAAAGACAAUCUUGAAUUAUGUUCCCAUUAAAAAAAAAGUCUAAUUGGAAUCCCAGUGGUUUUUUUCCAAACUUUAAGAGCUCAUUUGUCCCACAAACGCAUAAAUAAGGUAGAAAUUAGAAUAAUAUGAUUGCAGAAGUUAUCAUCUAGAACAAGUACUGUUAUUCCAAUGUAUAAUCAAUAUGAAAACUCAAUGAGAUAUUUUGAAUUUUGAAUUUUUAUACUAAGUUUUCAAAAUCAGGAGUACAUGUUAUACCUUUAGUACAUCAAGUGAUUAAUAGCCACAUGUGACUAGUGGCUAAUGUAUUGGAACAAAACUGUUCUAUAGUACUUCUUAAGCAAGAUGACACAUGGAUUGCCAAUGCUUGGAUUUGAGCUGCCUCAGUUUCACAUGGAUGAGCUGGUAGGAGGACAAAAAGAAAAUGGUUCAGAAGUGUCAUAGACUGAAAUAAGUAAAAACUCUUGGCCACAUCUGCUUAAUCAUGUGUUUCAAAGGGAUGUUUCCCAACAUGACUUUUAGAAAACAGUACUUUCCUGGGCAUUGCAAAAUUGUCUGUUGGCUACAAUCCCUCGAGUCCUCCUUUGGGCCCUGGAAUCUUGACCACCGGCUAGAGUCUCCUGAGUACUGCCAUAAAGUCAAUAGUAUUCUUAUGUAUGAAAAUUUACUGUGAGCAAACCAUGAGCCCCCAUUCAGGAGGGACGGCACAAAAAAUGUUAAUAGGAUUUUGUAGGGCUGGACUAAGCUGAGCAUCAUUUUCUAACAGGCAAUCUUUCUACAAAUCUACUGAAACAUACCAAAUUUGCAUGAUAAAGAUUAUAUGAUGAGGAGGAGGAUGAUAUCCCAGUAACCCCCAAAAUGGGAAUGAUCACCGGCUGGCAUUUUUUAGAUUUCCUUAGAACGAUUUAAUCAACACUGCCAUUAUACAUGGAUUCAAAAGACUUAGAAUUUUCUUACAUACUGCUAUUUUAGAAUAAUCCUCAAGGUUCUAUAGCCAUUUUUAGUGGCAAACUUAAAAAAGAAAGGAAUAGCUUGCCUUUUACUGUGACCUCAAUUACAUAGUAUUUUAAACACAUUUUGUAAUUUAGAACGUCUAGCAAUCCUUAUUUCCAGUUUUACAUGCAAGGUAACUGCUGGUGGGUUGCCUACAGACCGAAGAUUUAAAGAGAGCCAUUUUGUUUCAUAAUUCAGUUUUUAUUCCACAGAAGCAUCUGGUUGCAUUUCAAAUUGGAAAACAGAAGUAAAUGCCAGAAAAGGCAAAGAAUAAAAUUAGUAAACCAUUUAUUUGGUUUUAGGAUUGUUCUUGCAAAGUAAAUGAAAAAAGAAAAAAGGAAAAAAGUCAACGAAGUGAAUCAGCACUCGGUUUUUCUGGAUGAAGGUUGACGCCACAUAAAACUGAAAUAAAUAUAAUGAGCAGAGUCAUUUACAUAACUACAAUGCCAUUAUGUAAUUUACUUGUCAUUGCAGAGUAUUCGGUCUGGUUAUGUAGGUCUAUUUUAGACGGUGCAAAGUUUCCAGACAUUUGCCUACAUAAUAGGAUUUGUAAUAUCCUUGCAAUUACUGUCUAUUAGGUCAUAUUCCAAUUUCCUUAAUGUUCAUCAUGGAUAUGUUCCUGAUUAGGGUCAUUGUCAUCAUCUGAGCAUUUACUGGUUAAAUACUGCUUAAUGGCUAGACUCUCUCUAUGUCAUCGGUGUUUUUUAGAAACAUUUAUGUGCAUGCAAACACAAUGGCAUUAUAAUAUUCAUAACUAUAUGAUAAGCAGAAAUGUACCCAAUAACUUUCUAUACAUUUUUUUCAAAGUCCUUUUCUUCCCCUGGCACAACUCAGGGUGAGAUUCUGGCUCCUUGACAAAUAAGGGAAAAAAAGACCACUGGAGAGAUACCAGCUACCCACCAUGGUUACCAAGUUCAGCAUUUUCUCUUUCUACAUUCUCAUCUACUAAGGGCCAGUUUUUGUCAUUACUCCUUUCAGAUAUCACCUGAGUUCAGAUAAUACAAUCUCAGCUCACAAAGCCCAACCACUUAUAUACUUAUCUUGGAGAGCAAUAACAAACUUGACUAAUUUAUGUUUGCUUGUUUAAAAUUCUGAUUUUCAUAAAUGCUUGUGAUAUACUCUAGAGGAUUUGAUUGCAUGAUUUUAACAUCCUUCAAGACUCAGCCUUUUCCCUAUCACCUGGCCCAGAGGUCCACCUAGAGCAAGAUGGAAGCCUUGAAUGAGAGCGGACCAUCUGACUCCUUUGCAGGAAUCAGACAUUACUCAGAAGACUCCAGGUGUCCGACCUGGUGGAGCUUAAAUGAGCCAAAAGUGGAAAGAAAGCUCUUCCCGUGCACUGACUGAAAGUGAUGCUAUUUGAAUAUUGGUAUAUUGCCAUUAUUCAGUAAUGAAAAAAUGGGACUCCACCAGUCAGCUACCCUUUCCCAUAUCUUGAUUUGCUACCGCUUGUCCCAAAUCAAUGUUUUGUUCCAUCCUUCUGGCUGUCAGGCUGCUCUCUCAGCUUGUGAUAUCUUCUAAAACCCGGAAGGAAGAUCCCAGACUUGCUGGAGAAAUGCAGGGCCCUUGGUGGCCCAGAAUUUAGUCUGAAACUUUGAACAGCAACGCUAAGGCUACACAAUCAUGCUUGUUCUUAAUAGUUGUUUUCAGCACAUUUUGAAGAUUGACCUGGAAAAUCCAUGGAUAUGGAAUGUUUAUAUCUGUGUAAUCUUUGCUAUGACCCAUUGUUAAAAAUGACAGCUACUUAAUCUUCAGUCAGUUAAAAAUAGUAUUUCUUUCCCAUUUAGGAGAUUUGGGGGCACUCAAAUACAAUGGGCUUCACAUUAGAAUUUUGGAAGCUGUUUUUUCCCUAAGUGUUCUCACUCUGACAACAAUUUGUGGAUAAAAAUUUACUAGGUUGGUCCUUUCUUUGUCCUUUCCUUGAACCAUGUAUAGUAGUUCAUCUGGUUUGUAAAAGAUAAAAAUAUGACUAUAAAUUGAAAACUGUCAUAACUGCCUCCUGUUAAACUGACCUGUUUUAUUGCCUAUCAUGUAGCAACUCCUAGUAACAUAGAGUACAAAUAGUAUAUUCAUGAGUUAUGAUUUUGUUUACUUUUUAUAAUCGAGGUUAUUACUUGAGUUAUAAGUUCUCAAGGUGUUUCUAUUCAUACACCCUUAGUCUCAGUAUUAUUUCAUAUUUCUCAGUCCUCCCAAAGCCAAAAAAAUUAUCUAACAUGUCCAUUUAUUAAUUAGGUAGGCCCACACAACAUAAUAGUAGUAUUGUAUUCUGUAUCUGAUAGAUACUGCUCUAUUUCCCUUGAAAUUUUAAAAUUUCUUGUGAGUUCACUGAGUGGGAACAGCAGACAGGGGUUUAAGUAAUUCCUUAUGCCCAGUGAACUAAGCGUAUCAAGGAGAAGGUAUUAUUAGUAUACAUGAGUUAGAAGCUACUGUUUAUACUUUCUUAUUUGAAUAUCAAUCAUUCUUUUAUCUAUGGUUUUUACGAAAUACGCAUAAAACUUAUAUGUACAUUUUUAAAAAAGCAAUUUCCACAUCAUUACCCAAGGAAAUAACUUUAAAUCUCCAAAGAACAAUUUUUAGGAAUCAGGCAAACUAUGGUUCACAGACCAAAUCCACCAGAGGCCUGUUUUUAUAAAUAAAGUUUUUAUUAGAACACGACAGUGCUCAUUUAUUUAUAUAUUGUCUGUUUUCACACCACUAGGACAGAGCUGAGAAGUUUUAAGAGAGACUGAACCGGAUUGCCCAGCAAAGCCUAAAAUGUUUCUCUCUCUACAAGAAAACAAAACAAAACAAAACAUUAAGCAACAACAACAACAAAAACAACCUGAUGACCCUGGUCAUUCAUAGCACCCAAUGCUUUUUUGCUGACAUCUAGGAAUAUUGAUUCCCAUGGUUUCCUCUACUAAGCUUAAGGUUCUUAUUUCCAGAGGAAGCAGGAGAGCUUUGUUCCUGUUGCAGAUGGUCUCACAGCAAUAAUUGUGCUGUAUGUACGACAUAACAAUGAAAUAGCCCUACAGAACUAAAAAUUCCAAAUUGCAUCAUUCCUGAAAAAAUAAAUUUAGAGUAUGAAAUGACCCGGUUAAGAAAGAGGAGAAUUAAAAAGAUUUCUAGCAUUUUGAGCACGUUUUAGAAAUUUGAUCACUAUAUUUAAAAUCAUGAAAAUUGAUUUCUUAUACUGAUACUUGCUCACAUUUAAGUCAAUCUUCAGCUGUUACUUCAGUAAAUGAAGAAAUAAGAGUGCCCUUUGGUUCUGAAUCCUUCAGAAUGUUCUUAAGUAAUUUUAUAUCUGCUGGAUUUUCAUUUAAUCAUUUUUAGGAAAUAAUAUGCUUUAUUAUUAUGUAGCUUUCUAUGAGCAUGUCAGGCUCAUCAAUAGCCCAGGGGGAGGCAGAGAGCCAAUUCUUUUAUGUAAGGAAGCUACUUUCCAAUCCCCAAUCUCAGUGAUCUGGGAGAUACUUCAUUUCUUUGAAAAGAGAGGGCCUUGAAUAAAUGCUUGCUUUUACUUUUCUCACAUACUCAGAAAUCCAAGAAGGGCGCUUCUCUUAGUCUAUUUGUGUCACAGAGAAAUGAUUCAUUCCACAAUAACUGCCUUAAGGGAAGCAGAUAACCCAGAUAUUGAAAAUGUAGGCAUCCAUGACCUUUGUUGACUUUGAACAUCUGUAGCCCAAAGGUUACAAAUGAGGUCUUGCAUAGAAAACCUAUCAGCUUAUUAUUAGGAACAUCUAAGAUAAUGUCAUGACUAACUAAACAAUAUGCUGUUUUCUUUAAACUGUUGCAAUAAUUAAUAGGACGUAUCACCAGGAUACACUAUAGAACUCAGGGUAAAAUGGAGAUGAAUUUUCUGCUCCUUCCUCACAGUUCCUGUAUAUAAGGAGACUUCACUGGAAUGGGAAAGGGAAGAGAUAAAAAGAUUAGGAGUCCAUGCUCCCACCUGCCUUUUUUUAUAAAUGAUCAGUCAGACCUUGAAGGCAGUUGUUCAGACUUAAAUUUACAUUUCUACAUUUCUCUCAAUAAUUGGGUCACCUGCUUCCCUUAGAAAUGAAUAGUUAAAGUCAAUAGCUAAGUUUCCUCUCAGAACCAGAUACUAAACAGUAGUACUAGUUUAGGGGAUAUUAGGCCUACCUCACAAGCACAUUUUAAGGAAAUUAUGUGUCAAUUUUGAAGCUUUCCAAUACGUCCCAGUCACCCAUUUUCUCAGUAAAUUUUCACUGAGAAACACUUAUGUAUGAUGAAGUAGUUCAGAGAUGAGCCCAAUGCUUCCCCUCUAGGAGUGAGCUUUGUAGUUGGAAGAGAAAAAAUACAGGUGUACAUACAUAACCUGUGCUAAAUUUAAGCAGGCAGUAAGUCCUCUAGGGAUGCAAAGAAGGAGAAAUUCCCUUCUGCCUGUAAUGAUGCUCUAGGAAAGCUUCAUGGGAACAGGCUGGAUGUGAAGGAUGGGGAGAAUCUUUGCAGAGAGGGAAGAGAAAUCUACAGAGUGGAGAAAUGCCAGGCCCAGUGGUGAAGGAACAGCACCUGUGUGAAAGACUAAACUCUACAGGGAAAUGUUCCUAAGUCUGCAGGAAAGUCUUGGAACUUGUGCAAAGUUUAAAUUAGACCUCCUUUCUUAGUCUGGGUAGAUAAGUGUGCAGCAUUUCCUCAGAGCACCCAGCCCUCUGUGAUCUCCUAUAUGGAGAUGGGUUAAUUUGGUGCAUUCCUAAGUAGAAUUAAAAAAUCACCCAACAUAUCCAAGACAGUUUUUCAAGUCACCCGUUGAAGCAAAGCCUCUGUCACUAAAAAUAAUAGCACACAAUGAGUGAUUUCUGAGUAAGCUUUGCAAAACCCCAAUAUCUGAAGAACUCCCUGGGACUCUAGAACAUCACCUAACCACCUGCUGAAGUUUUCCCAGUAGAAGCCCACGUCACGGUUCCUUCUGUCAUAGUUAUUUUCACCUUUAAGUUAUCAGACCUGAAAGGGCGAUCCCCACUGGGAUAGAAUCACACUUGAAAGUUUAGACUUCAAGAUGACUUGUAAUAAAGAAUUAAGUCUCCAGCAACAAAGUGUGUAAUUUUCACAACUGCUUUCCCCAAACAUCAAGCUGGUCCUGUCAAGGCCUCUCUCUUACCUCCCCCUCCCUUUUGUCUCUUGACACACCCUUCUGUAAAUCCCUUUUUACAUCACUCACUGCAGGCAGUAUUUGACUUCCAUCUUCAAGAAACUUAUUUUUAAAAAAUAUUUACCAACAAGUCAGAUUACACCUUAUAUAUCCUUUUAGUAGUCUUGCCACUUUACUUGUCUCAGAUAUUGUCUAUGAUUAGUGAAUGGCUGCAUGACUCGUCAGGGCCAAUGAAACAACAAAGGUUGGG